AUGUUUGGGUGUAUUUUAACGGCACAGGCUGUACUGUACUGUGGUAAUUGUGGAAAACAUGAAACUGAUUUAUUCAGUAAUACAUGUUGUAAUUGUAAAUCCACAGCUUCUUUUUGUUGUGAUUGUGUUGACAACCUAGAUAAAGAUUGCACUGAGUGUGAGCUGGUUGAACUGACCAGUCAAAUAAGCAUCAAUCACGAGAGAGAUGAUGAAAGGAAAGAAAAAAUCAGGGAACCUAUUGGAAGACUUGCACAGUCAAUAUGUUCCACUGGUAAUGAUAAAACAGAAAAAGUGAUGUAUACCCAAAAGGGUUCAAAAAGAGUAAGACCAAAUCCAUCAACAACAAAUCAAUUAACAAUUCAACGACCCCAGGCGAUUCAAACAUCGGGUAGCUAA